AUGGACGCAUAUUUUAGCUCUGUAACCGGGGACGUUGAAGAAGAGUGCAGGGUGGCAGGCGAUGGUGAUGGGUUGAGCUCAUGUUGCCUGUCGUGGACGCUGGAGGCUUGCCCAGACAAGGAUUCAGCACUCUCGAGAAAUCCUAGAGAGCUGGAGCUGAUCGCCAGACCAUCUCGAGACCUAGAGCGCGAGUCAGCAACAGUGGCAAUCCAAUCGCAGGACCAAAAAGCUCCAAUCGAUCAACUGUUGCGCAUGGAUCCCGAGCAAAGUGACAGCUCCACCGCGCCCCCAGUUAUGUCAUGCGGACAAUUUUACCAUUCCUUGGGUAGACUUCUGGUUAAGACUGUUUUUCUGUUGCAACAGUGA